AUGGCGUCCCGUCUCCCGACCAUCCCCCGGUUGGUAUUCACCAUCAUCGAGCCUAUCUCCCUCAUCGGCGGCUGUGUGCCUGCAUUGUUCGCGACCGAUUGGUUCGUCCGCGAGCAGAUUCCAGAUGUGCCAUUGGCCCCAGCCAUUGGCCUUUCAGACCAGGCACGCAUCGUGGCCCAGCAGCUUGGGAACGCUUAUGGCCUGCUGUUUAUGGUCGGCGUCGCAGUCCUCUACACCAGCACCGAACUGAAGGUCGUUCACAACUACCUGGUAGCACUAUUGAUUGCAGACGUAGGUCAUGUUGGCUUGACCAUCAUUGCUCUUGGUACAGAGCGGUUUGCUGCCGUCGGCGACUGGAACGCCAUGACGUGGGGAAAUGUUGGGUUCACGAGGCUGCAAGCAUGCAAAGAGGCGGAGUGA